AGGGUCAAUUUCGUCUCAUUGUUGAUAGAGUAUAACAAGGCCCCUCUCUCCCCGCCACUCACAACAGUAUCAGUUUCACUCAUCUUCAUGGCCAUGAAAUUACUCUCGCCUCCUCCUUCCCUCUCACAGCCCGUGAAGCUCUUCUCCUUCCAUUCCAAAUCAAAAGGACCAAAACCCAUUUCAGCUCCGAGCCAUCUCUUCCAAUGGAGAUCCAAAAGCUAUGUCUUUUCUCGGAAAAUGGUAGUGAAAGCUUCUUUGAAAGUUGAGGAGAAAAAUGUUGAUAAAUCUUCAGGGAGUGAGUGGGGGAAGGUAUCUGCUGUGCUUUUUGACAUGGAUGGAGUGCUCUGCGAUAGUGAAGAGCCUUCUAGGAGAGCCGCUGUCGAUGUUUUUGCAGAGUUAGGGGUCGAAGUUACGGUGGAGGACUUUGUACCUUUCAUGGGAACUGGUGAAGCGAACUUCUUAGGAGGCGUUGCUUCUGUUAAGGGCGUGGAGGGAUUCGAUCCUGAGGCAGCAAAGAAGAGGUUCUUCGAGAUAUACUUGGAUAAGUAUGCAAAACCAAAUUCUGGAAUUGGAUUCCCAGGUGCCCUUGAACUCAUUACUCAGUGCAAAAACAAAGGCCUAAAAGUUGCUGUUGCCUCUAGUGCUGAUCGUAUCAAGGUUGAUGCAAAUCUAGCUGCUGCUUCUUUGCCGUUGUCACUGUUUGACGCUAUUGUGUCAGCAGAUGCUUUUGAAAAAUUGAAACCUGCUCCUGACAUUUUCUUAGCUGCAUCAAAGAUCUUGAAUGUGCCCGUCAGUGAGUGUAUUGUCAUUGAAGAUGCACUAGCUGGGGUGCAAGCUGCCAAAGCUGCGGGAAUGAGAUGUAUAGCUGUCAAGACUACCUUAUCAGAAGAGACUUUAAGGACUGCUGAUCCAUCACUUAUUCGGAAUGACAUAGGAAAUAUUUCCCUUAACGAUAUUCUCAGCGGUGGCUCUGAUGGCUAUAAUGUGAAGAUGCAGGGACCCAAGAUUCUAUCCCAAAAUUCAUCAGCAGCGCUCAAACAAAGUACAGAUAGUUUGUUAGUCCAGAAUGUAGGUGCUGCAAAUGAUGGGGUCUUCCCAAUUGGAGGGUUGCAGGGUUCUCGGCGAAAUAUAUUGAGAUAUGGCAGUUUGGGAAUUGCUUUUUCUUGUCUUCUCUUCACCAUCUCAAACUGGAAGGCAAUGCAAUAUGCUUCCCCUAAAGCUAUUUGGAAUCUAUUGUUUGGAGUGAACCAGCCAUCUUUUGGACAGAAUGAAGGGGGAUCAAGAAAUGCAAGAAUCCGACAAUUUGUGAACUAUAUAUCUGACUUAGAAACAAGGGGAACUGCUCCUACUGUGCCAGAAUUUCCACCAAAACUUGACUGGUUGAAUACGGCUCCCCUUAAGUUUCGUAAGGAUUUGAAAGGAAAAGUGGUUUUGCUGGAUUUUUGGACCUACUGUUGUAUAAACUGUAUGCAUGUGCUGCCAGAUCUAGAGUUUUUAGAGAAAAAGUAUAAAGAUAUGCCGUUCACUGUGGUGGGAGUACAUUCUGCAAAGUUUGAUAAUGAGAAAGAUUUAGAAGCCAUUCGCAAUGCAGUGUUACGCUAUGGCAUUAAUCACCCGGUUGUCAAUGAUGGAGAUAUGCAACUAUGGAGGGAACUAGGUGUGAAUUCAUGGCCAACAUUUGCUAUUGUUGGGCCUAAUGGUAAGCUGCUUGCACAGUUAGCCGGCGAAGGUCGUAGAAAGGAUCUUGACAAUUUAGUGGAGGCAGCUCUUGUAUAUUAUGGAGGAAAGAAGAUGUUGAACAAUUCUCCAAUCCCAUUAAGUUUAGAGAAAGAUAAUGAUCCUCGCUUAUUCACAUCUCCAUUGAAGUUUCCUGGAAAACUGGCAAUUGAUGUCCUUAACAACAGGCUCUUCAUUUCAGACAGUAACCAUAAUCGCAUAGUGGUGACUGAUCUAGAUGGGAAUUUCAUUGUCCAAAUUGGAAGCACAGGAGAAGAAGGUUUACGUGAUGGGAAUUUUGAUGAAGCUACCUUUAAUCGGCCUCAGGGCCUAGCUUAUAAUAGAAAGAAGAAUCUCCUUUAUGUUGCUGAUACUGAGAACCAUGCUUUAAGGGAGAUUGAUUUUGUUAAUGAGACAGUGUGUACUCUUGCUGGAAAUGGAACGAAAGGCUCUGACUACAAAGGAGGAGAAAAAGGAAGUGUUCAGCUUCUGAACUCUCCAUGGGAUGUCUGCUUUGAGCCAUUUAAUGAGAAAGUUUACAUUGCAAUGGCUGGUCAACAUCAAAUCUGGGAGCACAGUACAUUAGAUGGAAUUACCAGAGCAUUUAGUGGUGAUGGUUAUGAAAGAAACUUGAAUGGAACAAGCCCUACUACCACAUCAUUUGCACAACCUUCUGGAAUUUCAUUGUCUCCUGAUAAUACGGAGAUUUAUGUUGCUGAUAGUGAGAGUAGCUCCAUUCGAGCACUUGAUUUGAAAACAGGAGGAUCAAGAUUGCUUGCUGGUGGUGAUCCAGUUUUCUCAGACAAUUUGUUUAAGUUUGGAGACCAUGAUGGAAUAGGCUCUGAAGUACUUCUUCAACAUCCAUUGGGAGUCUUAUGUACAAAAUAUGGCGAAGUAUAUAUAGCAGAUAGUUACAACCACAAGAUCAAGAAGCUAGAUCCAGCUAGUAGGAAAGUUAGUACACUAGCAGGGAUAGGGAGAGCGGGUUUCAAGGAUGGAAAAGCUCUAACAGCUCAGCUUUCCGAGCCAUCUGGAAUCAUUGAAUCAGAAAAUGGCCGACUUUUCAUAGCUGAUACAAACAACAGUGUAAUCAGAUAUCUAGACUUAAACAAGAAGGAAGCUGAACUUCUUACACUAGAGCUGAAAGGUGUUCAGCCUCCUGUACAAAAGUCAAGAUCAAUGAAACGCCUUAGGAAGCGAUUAUCAUCGGACACACAAACCAUUACUGUUGAGGGUAGCUCAUCAAGUGAGGGCAACCUGUCUAUCAAAAUAUCAUUACCUGAAGAGUAUCAUUUUUCAAAGGAAGCUCGAAGUAAAUUUAGCGUUGAGACUGAGCCUGAAGAAGCAGUAGUCAUUGAUCCCUUGGAUGGAUAUCUUAGUCCAGAAGGAUCUGCAGUAGUUCAUUUUAGGAGAACUUCCCCCUCAGCUUCAAUGGGGAGAAUAAAUUGCAAGGUCUACUAUUGUAAGGAAGAUGAGGUCUGUUUAUAUCAAUCAUUGUUAUUUGAAGUACCAUUCCGAGAGGAAGUUGCAGAAUCAACUCCAGCAGAUAUCAAUCUUGCAUAUCUAGUAAAGCCAAGGACUUCAACGAUCAGCUUACAACUACCAGUUUCCUCAUGACAACGUUUACACCAAGUGUAUAUAGUAAGAUCUCUUGCUAUUUCUUUUUACUUUUUUAUUUUGCAAAUAUUAUACGAAAUUAAAUAGCAGUUGGUUACAACGAGAAAAAUAUGAAAAUAUCAGUCCUUUCUUUAUUAAAGCUCAAUAAAUUUGAGAGCUUUUAGAGGAACUAAACCAUUGUUUCUGAACUUCUUCUUUUCCCUCCUGUUGAUGUUGUGGAAUUGAAUAUCUUAAAUUUUUUGUGGGCCUUGAGGAAUAAGAAUAACGUUGUCGGAAACACACAGCCAUUGAAUAUUAUGUUGUCUUUGGAAACAAA